UUAUUCGAGUACGUGCACACACGACUGCCAACACCCAGUGAGCAGUACGCCCAAGGAAGGGUCGCAAUUGAGACCUUGACACUGCUCGGGGUUUACCUCCAAGCCAUUAACCGCAAGGAAGAAGCAUACAUAUACACCAGCAUAGCUUUACGGCUUGCUGUGACACACGGCUACCACCGUCCCUUGGAAGGGACACAAAUGUUUCGGUCCGAGAAAGCCCACAUUGGAAGGCUAUGGUGGACAAUUUAUAUGCAAGAAAGACGGUUGGCAGCAGCGACGGGCUACCCAUAUGGUAUCGACGAUGCUUUCAUUGUACUUGAGUAUCCCGUCGACCAGCCUGGGUUCAGCUCCAGUCAGCCAAUACGUACAAAUGCUCGUAUAGCCAGAGUUACAAGUCGCAUCCUUAUAGACCUAUAUAGCCCUAAGCUCCAAAAUCAAGACUCUUUCGUGACUAACGUGAAAGAAAUCAUCAAAUGUCUGCAUGACAUUUCAGGUGAGAUACCAGAGAAUCUGGCAACAGUAGCUCACGGACCGAACGCGAAUGUUUCUGUGAGAACAACAGCCUCACUUCAACUCAUGGUAUACCAGGCCACCUUACUCACAAUACGCCCUGUCAUGCUACACGUAGCGCAUCUAAUACUUGCGGGAGAGAGAUCUGGCUUGGAGCAACUGGGUAACUCUUCCCUGACGCAGCUUUGUCGAGCAUGCACCGAAGCAGCUCGGCGUAUAGUGCGCACUAUUUUGACAUUGCGAAGAAUGAAUCUCUUAGGUAACGUCCCUCAAAACAAAGUGUGUAACUUGGAGGCGACCAUCUUUGGGUUCUUUGACUGCGACGCCAUUUUUUCCGCCACUUUUGUCCUGAUUCUCACAGUUGUGUUCGACUCUAUUUGUGAGGACAAGGAUAAGAUCAACCCGUCGCCUGGACUUGCCGAGGCACUAGAGAAUCUGCAAUACCUGUCUGACAACCACAACACGACCGCCAUUGAACGACUCCAAAAGGUCCAGGAUAUCUGGCGUCAUUUGCCCGAACACUUACGAACAAACGAGAAUACGGCUGUCCCCUCGCGCGAUCACUCGCAACCUGUGUAUGGCAGUAUACACCAACUGGCGGGUGACGCUCGCCACGGACCCAUCGUUCAUGAUCAUACAGAGCCCCCGAACAAUGACGGCGUGACAGAUGAUACAACACAACUGGUGGUGGGUCUAGGCCAACCGAGGCCCGUUCCUGGCCUGAAUGGUGUUGAGCAAGACAGCAUAGAGCUGCGUUUAGGCACCGAACAAGAUGCGACAAACCUUCCGACCGAGAUGUCACCAGUCUGGAUACCUUCAUCAGCCAACAUCGGCACUGUGCCAAGUGACGAUAUAAUACCCAUAGACAUACCAAUGGAUGAAUAUUUUGCCCACUUCCAAUCGCUGUUAGAUAACCCUGAUUGGUAUCUCACGGGGCGAGAUGUGGGAGACUUGGCAGAAUUUGGAAGACAUAUUGUAAAUCUUAGCAGAUCUGAA